AUGACGAGCAGUCUUCCCAUCCCCGACCUUGCGCUCAGCGGCACGGCAUCACAGCUUGAUCAACAUCUCUUCACCGCUUCCAAGACCUCUGCUACUUCACAAGCAUCUCAUGCUAUGAAGGCGACGGACUUGUCUGACGAUUCGGAUGGCUACCAGAUGGGAACGCCUGCCUCCAUAGCUUCCGAAAAGAUGGUGAAGCAGGGCCUUGAUGCCAGGACCAAGAUAUCCAAUCUUCUUAAGGAUAAGGAGCAAGAGUGGACACAAGUUCUGGAGAGGAGGAAGGGUCCCUUGCGGCUGUUGGAUCUGCCGUUGGACGUGCUGAAGGAGAUCGUAAAAGAGGUUACCCAUACCAACGACUUGACCGCCCUAGCUCUGACACAUUCCGCCUUACACACCCUCGCUAUCCCUCACAUAUACUCCCGAUUCGACAUUGUGUGGCCGGAUACUGCAGCAUCCACCGAUUCGCGAACUGGCGUAGAUGCCUUGACCUAUGGACUUGCAACUCUGUGCAUGGGAGACGUAUUUACGGACCACACAAACACGCAGUCGUUUGCUUGCAUGAACUGCGGUACGGAGAACAUUGCGCAGUGUAGUCAUGGACUUAAAUUUGGACCAGGGAGCAGUCGACGCCGCCUAGGAAAUCAAUACCCGCAAUUCACACGAAAGUUCUCCCUGGGAAAUGGCCCUGCCGAAUGGGUUCAAGAAUAUCUCAUCACUAAGGAAAGUGGGAAAAUGCUAGGGACUCUGGUUGCACUUGCUGUGGCCAGAAUGGUUCAUCUCGAAACCUUUGUGUGGGAUAUGCCCACCGGAGUGCUCCGCGAUGUAUGGCUUGCUCUAUCGUCUCUACAAACCAGGAGCUCGAGCCAGGAAUGCCGAUUAGAGCGAGUCUGGGUCCGCUGGCAUGAUAAUUCAGAUCCCACGAAUCCCCCCUCGACCCAGGGUGCAGCUAGCAGCUCCAGUACCACCCCACAGAUCUUGGCCGGCUCGCAACUCACUUCAGUGGGCUGGACCAUCCCGCCAGGAUCUCCACCGAACCCUCAUAUAUCUGAUUAUCCCAUUUCGUACUCCCAGAGCCGAGUUGAGUACCCCACGCUUAGCGUUCUCCCUCCUCUGAAAAGUAUCUCGGUGCUCGACAUCGAUGAACUUGACUAUUUAGACGAGAUGAGUGUUCUUAUCGCCAAGUCGCGAGACCGUCUUCGUGAGUUGAGGGUCGGUAUCUCUGCCAAGGCUGUGAGCAGGGACUUCGCUAUAGCUUGGGAUGGAACCGAUCUCCAACAAGUCGAUCAUAAAGCACAGUGGCCUGGUGCUAGCACUAUCGGUGAACGACGACUCGGAGGCGUUCUUGGAGUCUUGCUAGGACGAGUCUUUGACAUCCGUAAGAAGCAAAAGCCAAAGGUCGAAAGGAAGGAUAGAAACACGUCCAUGGCUUCUUCGACCCCUAUUCCACCUGAAGUACAGCCGCCUUCGGAGUUGGAUACGGCACUAAACCACAUCCCUGAUCCUCUGCAGGAAACCUCCCAAGAGCCUCACUGGUCUGGAAAGGAAGGAUUGGGUCUGACCGAUGCAGUCCUCUCAUCUCCCUUCAACGCUGAUGAAAGUGCUCCGCCAAAUACCAAUGGCUUAGAUUCUCAUCCGCCACAUUUCAGCUCUAGUAUUCUUGAUUCCUCUCAAUCUGAUGUGCAGUCUCUCACUGCGUUGAUCUCCGCGCAUGAGCUGGGCACCGGAAUCCAGGACGUAGCGAUAAAUCCUGGUGUCUUGCAGCACGAGGUAGUCACUGGCCAUGCUCUAAGGCGAUCGCAUACUCAAAGUCAGAAACAGUCGCAUUUUCAAGAACCUCAUUUAGCCGAGCGAGAUAGGCUGGAUGGCAAAUUAAAGCUACAGACCUUAGAGCUUGAGCGCAUUCCCCUCUCAGUGGCUGUUCUUCAGAAGGCUUUCGACUGGUCCAUUCUGACCAAUUUGACCAUACUCGAUUGUGCCCAGCAUGCUAAUCUCUGGUUGAUGUUGAGAAGGCAUUUCCAACCUACGGCACUUGGCAUUUCACAUGCCUCAAAGCACGGGGCCAAUGUGCAGUAUCAUCUCAAUCUGAAAAAGAUUCACACUGAUGCUGCCUCUCCAGCUUUAAUAUCUUUCCUCAAGGAGACUCUGGCGCCAAAUACGCUCGAGACUUUGUUUCUACAAGAUCGCAGGAGACCAAGCGCCGCUGCCGCUGUUACGAUAGAUGCUAUCUAUCGAGGCCCUUUGAAGAGACAUCGUGCAAGUCUGAAAAGGCUGAUGCUGGACAGCUCCGACAAAAUACCACGCGCGCCGAAUAAUGCGUCUGAAAAUGUACGUUGGAGGGCAUGGAUGCCGAACCUCGAUGUGCUCAACUUCAUCACCAGUGGGAGAAUGAGUAGUCUCAGAGAACUGAGUAUUGCCAUUGAGUAUAGUAACUGGCAUCACUUCCUCCAGCGCCUUCCUCAGAUUCCACAUCUGCGAUCAUUGAACAUCCCCUUUAUAGCUGACCAUGUCACACCUGCCUACGACCCACGAGAACUCGCUCUGCAAGUUGUCGAUGUCAUCGUCCUUCGUCCCGAGGUAGAGCUCUGUUAUAUCGGCGUCUCCCACAAGUGCUUUGAAAUUCUGGAGAAUAGACCUCAUGACGAUCUUCAUGGCUCAGCAGAUGCACAUUCGAGUGCUGCUCACAACGACGAAGAGGAUGAAGAGGAUGAGGAUGGCAGCGAUGAAGAUGACGAUGAAGAAGAGGAAGAAGACAACUCGACGGCAAUUGGAGCUCCUCUCGGGAUUGAUCCGGACGAAACCGAAUCCGAGAUGUCAGACCGCGAUUCUGACACCGAUUCUUGGGAUGGCUCAGACGACGGGCGUUCCAACGUCAGGCUUCGGUUAAGAGAGAUUUUGUUCUAUGAUGAUAAGGUCUCCAUAUUCAAAGCUCGCCAUGGCAAGCUUUGA